GGCUCAUUUUUAACUGUUACUCAACUCGUUCUUUAAAGCCACAAUUAUGUCUAGAGAUAUGCAAAGUCAAAUUUCUGCAUUUCUUCCGAAGUAUUUACACCAGGAAGAAGUGGUGGCGCAAGAAUUUAAAGACCUAAUCUUUUCUUUACCCAAAGAAAAUGGAUGGGUUGCCUCUUAUCUCUACAAAUAUCAAGGCUUUUGGCACCCGGUCAGGCACCUUCAAGGGAUCAUUACAUGUCAACGACAUUUCCGGGCUCGGGAUUCUGAUGUUAUUCUUAUUACGACUCCCAAAUCAGGGACGACCUGGUUGAAGGCAAUCGUGUUUACCUUAAUGAAUCGAAUGCAAUAUCCCAUUGCUCAAGAUCACCCUUUACUCAGCAAAAAUCCACAUGAUCUUGUGCCAUUCUUGGAGCAAACACUAUAUGUUGAUAAUCAAAUCCCUGAUCUUUCCUCCAUGAAUUCUCCCAGAUUGUUCGCAACCCAUAUACCAUUUACGUCCAUCCCGAUAUCUAUUCAGAAUUCCAGAUGUAAGCUUGUCUAUCUGUGUAGAAACCCCAAGGACACUUUUGUGUCAAUGUGGCAAUUUUCUAACAAGUUAAGGCCUAAGGAAAUGGGAACUCAUUCACUUGGAGAAGUCUUUGAUAUGUUCUGUAGAGGAGUGAGUAUCGCUGGACCCUUUCUGGACCAUGUUUUAGAUUAUUGGAAAGAAAGCAGGGAGAGUCCUCACAAGGUGCUCUUCUUGAAGUACGAUGACAUGAAAGAAAACCCUACUGUCAAUCUUAGACGCAUUGCUGAGUUCUUGGAAUGUCCAUUUUCCAAUGAGGAAGAAGAAUCAGGAAUGGUGGAAGAAAUCUUAAAGCUGUGUAGCUUUGGUAAUUUGAGCAAUCUGGAAAUCAACAGGACUGGGAAGUUGUCAUCUGGUGAGGAAAACAAAGUAUUCUUCCGUCAAGGAAAGGUGGGAGAUUGGAAGAAUCAUCUAACCAUUGAGAUGGUAGAGAAGUUGGAUCAGAUUACCGAACAAAAGGUUUCGGCGUCGGGGCCAUCUCCACCUCCACCGCAGGGUUGCCCUUCAGGUACUCUGCCCCCCUCUAUAUAUUUGUAUGUAUGA